AUGGCAAUCGGUGCUUUUUUUGGCCUUGUUUUUGCUCAAACACCUGCUGUGCCAUUAAUAUUUUUAAAUCGGCGUUUCUACUUUCGUUGGUGUUCGUUUGCUAUGGGUUAUUAUCUUCUAAUGGUUACUUGCCUUUUGGAAGAUUUACUUGGAAUUAAAAUAAUUGUUACUGGUGAUGAUCUAACAAAAGAUAAAAAACGUUCAUUAAUUAUAUUAAAUCAUCGGACAAGACUUGAUUGGAUGUUUAUUUGGAUGUUACAUAGUCGUUUUGAAAUUUUAGAACAACUGAAAAUUGUACUUAAAGCUGAACUUAAACGUAUUCCUGGUCCAGGAUGGGCUAUGCAACAUGCUGCUUAUUUAUUUCUCGAACGUGUAUGGGAGAAAGAUCAAACAACAAUACAAAAUAUUAGUGGAUAUUAUAAAUCAUGUCAGCAGCCACUUUCAUUAUUAAUCUUUCCUGAAGGAACAAAUUUAACAUCAUUGUCACAAAAAAAAAGUAACGAUUAUGCUUCAAAACAAACAAGUUACAAUCAAGCAUAUAAUUAUUGUCUUCAUCCACGUCUAACAGGAUUUAAAUAUUUACUAAAAACAAUGCGAGAAGCGGAUAUUCUCGAUACUGUCGAUGAUAUUACCAUAGGUUACGAAGGAAACAUUCCAGAAGCAGAAAUUGAUUUAUUGAAAGGUUCUAUACCGAAAACAGUUCAUUUUCAUGUUAAACGUUAUAAUAUAAAAGACUUACCUGAAACAGAUGAAGAAAUUGGUGAAUGGCUUCAAGUUUGUUGGGAACAAAAAGAAAAUCGUUUGAAAGAAUUCUAUACAAAUAAUCAGUUUGAUAUACAAUCAAAACGUUUUAACAACGAACAAAUUGAGUCAAAAAUGCGUUUUAAACGCCGCUUAGCAUUUAUUCUAUGGACCUUAUUUAUUGCCUUUUGGACAUUUUGUAUAUUCUCAUUUAUUAAAAUCAAAUUUUAUGUAUUAUUAGUAUGUUUAUUUCAUUUAAUAAUGGAUACAUUUGCAAAUGGUAUUAUUGAUUUUGUUUGUCAACUUGAUGCUAAUUAUCGACAUCAUCAAUUAAAACAACCAACACGAGCCAUAAAACAAGACUAG